AUGGCGCAGCCAGGAGAUGGCAUCGACUGGCCGGGCCUCUACAGAUGGUCCAUAAAAUAUUCAGAUGGCACGUCUCCUCAGUGCCGCCUCAAGGAGGAGGAUAUUGACUUCCUACGUGGAGCCAUUCAAGAGGCUUUUAAGGCCGAAGAGAAUCCCGUAGAGGUCAUUAAAGAGCAAAUGACCAUAGUGAACAACUUUCUGAACUCACAAACGAAAGGUCGUGACUGUAUCGCUGCCCUAUCAGUUGUGCAGCGCUUGAUAGAGGACUAUCCCGAACUCUCAAGGGACCUAGCUAAGUUGAACGCUUUGGAGCCUUUGCUAAGGCUUCUUUCGAUGGAUCGAGCAACGCUUGCGGCCUCUGGGAGUUCGGCAACUGCAGCCCAGCAGCAGCAGCAGCAACAGCAACAGCAGCAGCAGCCACAAGUGCUGGAGGAAAGCGAGGCUGCGAAGGCCUUUAUAAUUCUGGAGAAGACAUUGGAAAUUCUUGCAUCUGUCAUGCAAAACAACCCUCAAAUUCAGCAAGCAGUCGCUGAGCUGGGGGGACUAGGGGUGUUGUUUGCUCUAGUGAAGGAGAGCCCGCGGAGCAAGGCACUACGUGUGCGGGCGCUGCAGACGUUGUCGUGUUUGUUGCGCAAUCACAGACCGAGUGAAGAAACGUUUUUGAAGAGCAAAGGGUUGACGCUGCUGGUCUACGCCAUUAAAAGUGAUGAUCCUAAGUACCAAGAAAAAGCGUGUUCGCUUUGCAGACAUUUGGUGGCUGAGGGUCUUAUAUCUUUUGAACAAAUCAAAGAAACGGGACUCCUGCAGGCGCUCGAGAUGCUGCUGCCGACAUUGCAAGACCUUUCUAAUGUGCAGUUCGCAGAGACUGCGCUGCAGCUCGUCAUUAAAGUACUUCAGCAGCACCGGAUAUUUCUGUCUCGCACUGCGGACUUAGCCUCUCUCACAGCUACUCUGACGACCCGCAGCGAGUGGCUCUCAACGGCACUUUGCCGCCUCCGUAGCGAAGAGGAAUUUUUGACUGCAAGGGCCGCACUGAAACUGCUCACGCCUCAGGAAGCCCUCAAGCUAGAGAAUAUUCCGUAUGAUAGAGAAGCAGUCCAGGGGCAAAUGCUACUAGUCCAAGAGGCAUUGGCGCUUACAAAAGUGCAGCACCUCAUCCCCAGCAGCCAGCAGCAGAGCCAGGCACAACAGCAGCAGCAAUCGGUCUACCAGCAGCAGCAGCCACAGCAGCUGCAGCAGCAACCGGAGUAUCCGGCCCUUGCUCUGUCUGCAGCGCAUCCGGUUUCUUCACCCCUCAGCCAGCCACAGCCGCCUCCACCGCAGCAGCAGUCGCAGCAGCAGCCACAGCAGCCCCAGCCCCUGCAACAGCAGGUUCAGCAGCGGUGCACCCAACAGCAGCAGCCAAACUACCCACUGCAACAACAGGCCCUCCUGCACCCUCCCCAGCAGGAGCAGCAGUACCAGCAGCGUCAAGGGAAUUCCCACGGGCGAAAUCGCAGGAGUCACAGCCGCUCCCGUGGGCAGCGACAGCAGCAACAACAGCGCAGCAGCUCCCCGAGGCCCUGGCAAAUGCCCCCAACAUAA